GGGGCGCUGUUUCUCAAAUCUCAAUACAUUGAAACAUAACCUAAAAGAAGAUAUUCCGUUUAUUUCACACGAUUUUGCUGAUUGAAUUUAGGAAAUGUAUGGCUGAAAAAUAUUAUUUUCAUUAAUAGUAUUUAAUUACAUCAGUUGUAUCGUUUCAGUCUUCUUUAGCAAAUAAAUGUAUACAAUAUUUUGCGGACUAAUUGUCACCCCAGAUGGCAGUGUGAAAUUUCUUUAAAACAAAUGAAAAAAAGGUUAUAACAAAGGGAACCAAGGGAACAAAGGGUUGUUUACAGGUUUUUCAGUUUGGCACUUGUUCUGCAUUUCGUAACAUUGCAAAAGACUGCAAUUAUUUGUGUUCCGUAUGUAUUUCUCUCUCUAGUGUUUUCGGGUAAUGCGUGAAAAAUGCUCAAUCAAAACUGUCAAGGUCUGGAUCCCUUUGUAACGCCGCUUAUAAAUCGAGUUAAUAAAUCCGAGAAAAUAGGAGCAUGUCGAAGACCAUUAAAGAUCCAUUCUAUGAACUCAAAAAAUGGGAAACUAUUUGACUGCAUAGAUUUAGAAGUGCCUUAUGCUGAUCAGACUUUAAAAUGGACGAUAUUCUUCGAUUCCGAAUGUCCCGAGCUGGGUCCUGAUUUCGUUUUCAAUGAUGAGAACUUUCUUGCUGAUCCGGAUAUAGAAACAUUAAUGAGAUGCGUUCCUAGCUUAGCAAACUGGAAUUAUCUCGAUAGCAAUUCGCUUCUUACCGUCCUUAAAGAACUUUUAGCACACUAUAAAGAUUAUCAGAUUGAUUUACUUAAAAGCCACGCCUCUGAAAAACUGAGAUUCGAAUAUGAAUCUCUGAUUAAAAAUGAAAAUGUUUGCGCCGAUGAUGUGGAAGUAAUUCUCCUAAACCCGGGGACGAAAACAGCAGAGGCAAAAUUCUUUAUAAGACUUGAAAUGGACUUUUCAAAACUACCACAGAGAAUGAAAUAUUCUGCAAACGAUGCGGCUAUGCUGAUGAUUUCAUUCUCAGGGCGAGAUUGGUACAACGUAGUUCCCCAACUUUUCCUCACUAAAAGUGUCGAGGAAAUUUUUGGCAGCCAGGAACAUCUACAAAUUCCGCCUUUUCCACCGUCCGAUGGCCUGUUAAUUGACUACGUACCUAGAAUCGUGCAGUUCUUGGAAGAAAAGAUGGAAAAUAUUCUCCUUUGUUUUACCAAGAAAAAGGAUUUUAUAUCAUCACUGCUGGUAUUAUUGCGAGGAUGUGUUAUGGAGUACGAUGCAGCAGAAUUUAACAGGGCGACUGUCCUGGUUGAAAAAAAAGAUUUCCAUUUUUUCAUACACUUUAGAGUUCCUGCCGGUUUCCCCAGAGAAAGGCCGGAAGUUGUACUUCAAUCUGCGUAUCACAUGGACCAGACUGGACAUCUUAUUACACAUAAUGUCAACAAGUUCCUGUUCAACAUCCAAAUGGAACCACUGCAAAUGAUUCAAGCGAUCAUGAGUCACAUAGAAGAAAAUGAGGUGGAUUGUUUUCAAUCGUAUUGCACUAGAAAAAAUCGCUUCUGAUUCGACGACAUGGUUCUCUCGUCGAUGAAAACGCCAUUUUUGUCCUACCUCAGUCGACUAGACUCACAUUUUUUCACCUUCAUGCAUUUCUUGUACUUUCAAUGCACACUGUGCUUGUAUUUUCUGUUUUUUCUUCGUUUUAAUUUAAAAGUGAUUAUAUCUAGGCAUGUGGAUUUCGAAUCGAGUUGAUUUUUUCCGAAUCGAUGUAACUGAGUUCAGGUCGAAAAAAAUCCGAUUCAGACUAUUUGAAUUUGGCAUAGACACGCGUAGAUUUUCGAUUCAAAUUUGGCAUUUCGAAAAUCUAUAGAAUAUUUCUAGUAGUGUCAGUUAAAAAAAAACAGAGCUCGUUGAAAAUCGAUGGGAAAGACUCUAGAAUUGUCCAAUUUGAUUCGAAAAACUGAGAACUUCAUAAUUGAAUAGGGGAGUUUACCAGUUAUGUAACGGUAAUUGUUCUAGUUGAAGUUUCGUAAAAAUUCAAAUUUAAUCAGUGUAAAUAAGCGUUUUUUAUACAGAUUAAUAAUAAAAAUGGUUAGUUUGUUCAGGAAACAAAUUAAAAAUUCAGUGAUGCAGAUUGAAAAGAAAAAAAUUUAA